AUGACACGAAACAGCCAUCCAUGUAUCCAGAGAGAGAAGGAUGCAGCAGCAGCUUCGAUUCCGGUUGGCCAACGUCCGUUGCCAAAUGAGACCAUGAUAGUCGUCGAGGAAUUCGUUCACGAUUUUAAGAUGGAUGAGGUAGAGUUGGAACUUGAUACUUGUGUGCAAAAGCCUCUUGCACUAGAAUAUGGACCACUAGCUGGCCUUGAACUGGCAGAUUACAAUGCCCUGCAACCAUUUCAGGAGACACCACCUCGAAGCGUCCAAGAAUCGACAAAAGUGGACGGACUACUGCUGAAACAGUGUAAGCAAUGGUACUUUUGUCGCUUUGUACCGCGCUAA